AUGACCGAUCAAGGCAGCCCCAAGCAGGUGCCGGAGCACCAGCCAGACCCAGUGCUGGUGGGCCCCGGGCUACAGGCCUUGAAGGAGGAAGCAUACACAGAUGCUACCAAUGCGACUCCUACUGCGGACGCGGAUAAGACAUACCCAGUCGACACCGAUGCGCCCUCGUACUUUGCCAGCAUCCCUGGGGCCAAUGCUGCGUCAUUGGACCAGUCCGAGCUUUCCUCUUCUCCCUCCUCUAUGGCGAAGCGAGCGUCGUCGAGCAUGGACUUAUUGCGACGGUUAAGCUUGACCGCAGAAGCCUCGCCAGGGUCGCCCGAGCUCGACCCACGCACACAACACCCAGGACUACGUCUGAGCGGCCGGUUGAUCAGUGCCGCAUUCUGCAUACCAUACAAGCUCUAUCAUCAGCCAGGAUCGGAUUGGGUGCUAAAGCCACGAUCUGGAACCUCGGCUCUCUUUGAUUCAUUCGCCCAUCUUGCCUCAGAUGAGACAAGUUGGUCACACACUCUGGUAGGCUGGACUGGUGAAGUUGAACCGACCUUGGACUCGAAGAUACCCUUACAGCCGAUCCCCGUCAACGCCGUCGGCAAGUUGCCCACCGUUCCGCACAACCUACCCUCCAAUAUCCCGUUGAACAAAGCGGCAGCCCCGGUUCCCGUGGAUUCCACCCAGAAGCCCCCGAUGCAUCCACUGUUGGAGGGGAUCAAUAUUGAUCGGGAAGAUCGAGAGCGGCUCGAUCACCAGCUUAGCUCGGGGCGCUAUGGUCGGAUUUUACCUGUGUGGCUGUCUGACGCAUCAGAUGAGCCGCAAGAUACCAUCGUGCUGAAGGACCAAGGAAGAUGGCGACGGUAUGCGGAGCGAGAAUUGUACCCGUUGCUGCACUACAAGCAGCAUGGUCCAACGGACGGCCGCUCCGAGCGGAGGUGGUGGGCUGAUUACCUCCGAUUAAAUCAGCUGUUUGCGGACCGUAUUGCGGAGGAGUAUAGGGAAGGGGAUGUCGUGUGGGUUCAUGACUACCACCUGUUCCUUGUGCCCAGUCUCCUGCGGCAGCGAAUUCCCAACAUCUACGUGGGCUUCUUUUUGCACUCCCCAUUCCCCAGCAGCGAGUUUGUACGGUGUUUGGCGAAGCGCAAGGAGGUAUUAACGGGCGUGCUGGGUGCCAACAUGAUCGGGUUUCAGACAUUUUCCUAUUCUCGACACUUUUCUUCCUGUUGUACCCGUGUUUUGGGCUUUGAAUCAAACUAUGCCGGGGUGGAUGCCUACGGAGCGCACGUUGCGGUUGACGUCUUCCCCAUUGGGAUUGACGCACGCGCCAUCCAGAAAGCCGCCUUUGGGGCCGCAGACAUCGAGAAGGCCGUGACGGCAAUCCGCAGUCUGUAUGCCGACAAGAAGAUCAUCGUGGGUCGUGAUCGACUGGAUAGUGUCCGGGGCGUGGCGCAGAAACUACAGGCGUUCGAAAUAUUCCUGGAGCGAUAUCCCGAGUGGCGCAACAAGGUCGUCCUCAUACAAGUGACAAGUCCCACCAGCGUCGAGGAGGAGAAAGAGGAUCCUGAAAACAAGAUCGCUGGCCAGAUCUCCAGCUUGGUUUCCACCAUCAAUGGCCGGUUUGGGUCCCUGAGCUUUUCACCCGUCCAGUAUUACCCGCAAUAUCUCUCGCAGCAAGAAUACUUUGCCCUAUUGCGCGUGGCUGACGUUGGAUUGAUCACCACGGUGCGAGACGGGAUGAACACCACAAGUCUGGAAUACAUUGUUUGCCAACAGACGAACCACAGCCCACUCAUCCUAUCCGAAUUCUCAGGAACUGCGGGUACGCUUCCUAGCGCUAUUCACAUCAACCCCUGGGACCUAGCUGGCGUCGCGGGUGCCAUUGACCGGGCACUGAAGAUGCCCCCCGAUCAGCGGAAGGAGCAGCAUCUGAAGCUGUACAAGCAUGUGAUCACUAACACAGUCUCAAAUUGGUCGAAGCAGUUCCUCCAUCGCCUCCUGACCAAUCUCUCCUCGUUCGACCAGUCGGUUGCCACGCCAGCACUUGACCGGGCGAAACUCCUGAAGCAGUACCGCAAGGCGCGGCGGCGACUAUUCAUGUUUGAUUAUGACGGGACGUUAACACCCAUCGUCAAGGAUCCACAAGCCGCCAUUCCAUCGGACCGAGUGUUGCGCACCAUUAAAAGCCUCGCGGCGGACCCGCGCAACGCUGUUUGGAUCAUCAGUGGACGGGACCAGGCUUUCUUGGAUGAAUGGAUGGGCCACAUUCCGGAAUUGGGGCUGAGCGCCGAACAUGGAUGUUUUAUUCGCAAGCCCGGGAGGGACGACUGGGAGAACCUGGCCGAACGGACGGAUAUGGCCUGGCAGAAGGAAGUGGUGGAAGUUUUUCAGCACUUCACUGAACGUACCCAGGGCUCCUUCAUUGAGCGGAAACGGGUGGCUUUGACCUGGCACUAUCGGCGAGCGGACCCGGAGUACGGCGCCUUCCAGGCUCGCGAGUGCCGGAAGACCCUUGAGGAUACUGUAGCCAAACGCUGGGACGUGGAGGUCAUGGCAGGCAAGGCAAAUUUGGAGGUCCGGCCGACAUUUGUCAACAAGGGCUAUAUCGCCACGCGGCUGGUGGACGAGUACGGGGAGAAGCCUCCUGACUUCAUUCUGUGUCUGGGGGACGAUUUCACCGACGAAGAUAUGUUCCGUGCGCUGCAGAAAUUUGACUUGCCCCAGGACCACGUGUAUUCAGUCACUGUGGGUGCCAGCUCGAAGCAAACCGACGCCAGCUGGCAUCUUUUGGAACCAGCCGAUGUUAUUGGCGCCCUCCAGAUGCUGUACAGCCACGGCCAAGACUACUGA